GAUGACAGCAAAUCCACCACGAGUACCGCUAAUUCACAACACGCUUAUCUCAGCAGAAUGUUGCCAUGUUUGUGACCCUGGAACGGCCCGCCGAAACUGCGGUUCGUGAGUCUCGAGCGGGGAACCGCAGUGAGGUGGCUUGACAAUUUGAUGGCUACAAAAUCAUCCUGAGUGGAAAUCGAAGGCUCAAAGGCACCGUGAGUUGGGGACGGUAGUUUGUGGAUUCUCCGAGAAGGUGUUGUGACUUGCGUGCGAUUUUGAGUUGCGUUGGGUCGAUGGCGAGUUUGCAAGCGCCUGCUGUGUUGUCUGGAGUGGUGGCGUCGCCGCGGGUAACUCUGGGAAGCCGGAAGGGGAGCCUCUUCGUAGGUCAAGCAGGCGAAAAUGGGGGUUACACUACUUCAAAGAAAGGGCCUCUGAUAGCAGAGAUCCCUUUGGAAUACAUCAGGCGGCCGUUGCUUCGAACACGUAACAAUGAUCCUGAGAAAGUGAAACAACUAAUGGAGAGUAUUGCAGAGAUUGGGCUUCAGGAGCCGAUUGAUGUGUUGGAGGUGGAGGGCGAAUAUUAUGGCUUUUCGGGUUGUCAUAGGUAUGAGGCGCAUCAGAAGCUCGGUUUGCCAACGAUCAAGUGCAAGAUCCGCAGAGCAACUCGUGAAACUUUGAGGCACCACCUUCGUUGAUUUUUCACCAUUUCGGUGCUCCGACAACUCCUGGCACUGGUGCUCUCUUGUAUCAACAACGUAUUCAUAAAAACCAGACGAUUUCAAGUCUAGAAAAAGACCACUUGUUGUUAAGGAAUGUCAGAUGUGCUUAAAUAUGGAUAUUAAGUGUACAAAAACCUCAAAUUGUAUUGACUUUUUAAUAAAAAGAGACCUAGUUUUAAACUGAUCUA